GUAGCUUAAAGAAGCAGACAUAGGUCAUUUUAAAUAAAUAAAUAAAUGACUUGUAAAAAUUAGAGAAGAUGAUUUACUUAGACAGUGACAAGAGCCUCCUUUUGAAUUUGGUCUGUGAAGGGCAAAGCCUACAAAUUGAACGCUGUGAGAAACCCUUAUCCAGAGGGCUUCAAUGGCGGCAUCUGCUUAUCCUAACAGUUUAUCGUCAGGGUUAUAUUCUGCUACAAAUUCAGCAUUUAAGGCUGCUGGUUUAAGUUCCUUCGUCACACCUGCUUCACGCCUGCCAUUGCUUCGUUGGCGCUCCGAGAUUCAAACGACGAGGUGCAUGCUGGUCAAUCGAGUUGAUUCCCAAAAUGGAAGACCAUAUAUUCCUUUGCUUCAGAAUCAAGGUAUGAAUGGGUUGCUGAGAUCUAGUCAUCCACAAGAAAUGGUUGAAAAAGGCUUUCAGCAUGAUUCAAGACUCCGCAUUUUCUCAGGGUCAGCAAAUCCAUCUCUUGCACAGGAAAUUGCGUGCUACCUAGGGCGUGACCUUGGGAAAAUCAAAAUUAAAAGAUUUGCGGAUGGAGAGAUAUAUAUCCAACUCCAGGAGAGUGUCAGAGGUUGUGAUGUGUUUCUUAUACAACCAACUUGCCCACCAGCAAAUGAAAAUCUGAUGGAGCUUCUUGUAAUGAUUGAUGCUUGUCGUAGAGCAUCAGCUAAAAAUAUUACAGCUGUUAUUCCAUACUUUGGAUAUGCUAGAGCAGAUCGAAAGACACAGGGACGUGAAUCUAUUGCAGCAAAACUUGUGGCAAACUUAAUAACAGAAGCAGGAGCGAAUCGUGUUCUUGCAUGCGAUCUUCAUUCUGGACAGUCCAUGGGGUAUUUUGAUAUUCCAGUGGACCAUGUAUACGGCCAGCCUGUUGUUUUAGAUUACCUUGCCAGCAAGAUGAUUGCAUCAAAUGAUUUGGUGGUGGUAUCACCUGAUGUGGGUGGUGUUGCUCGUGCUCGUGCCUUUGCUAAAAAGUUGUCUGAUGCUCCUUUAGCUAUUGUUGAUAAAAGAAGGCAUGGCCACAAUGUUUCUGAGGUUAUGAAUUUGAUAGGCGAUGUGAGGGGAAAAGUUGCUGUCAUGGUUGAUGACAUGAUUGAUACUGCAGGUACUAUUGCAAAUGGAGCUGCAUUAUUACACCAAGAGGGUGCGAGAGAAGUUUAUGCAUGCUGCACACAUGCUGUUUUUAGCCCUCCUGCAAUUGAACGGCUAUCUGGAGGCCUUUUCCAAGAAGUUAUUAUUACUAACACAAUACCAGUAACAGAAAAGAAUUACUUUCCUCAGUUGACAGUUUUGUCUGUGGCAAACCUUCUUGGUGAAACUAUUUGGCGUGUCCAUGGUGAUAGUUCUGAUGGCCUUGAUCCUCAUUCGAGCCUUGGUAUUGACUAGAGCUAUUUGGUGGUGGAAAUUAACUUAUUGGGGGUUUUUUGACACGUCUUUUUAGCAGGAAAGAAGCUCAGAUCAGCUAUGCAAUUCUUUUCUUCAAAUAUGAUUGGAAGUUGACUAUUGUAGCAUAUGUAUUAGGUUUUGGACUUGAUGGGACAUGGAAACCUAUACAAAGCUUGAAGUGCAAUUCAUCAGAAUUUUCAAAGGAUCCCUUUCGAAGAGUUCUAGGAAAAUAGCGCAAAUGUAAGAUAGUGAGCAAUGUCUCAAACUUCAGAGUUUUGUCCAGUGGGGGAAUCCCAAAUUGUUUUUCUGAAGUUGAUAAAGUUGUUCAUAUAAUUAUUACUAAUUACAAAAGCCAUUUUUACAAGUUGUUCGUAAAUAUUUGAACUUAUAAUCAACAUGGAAUAGAAUUCAGCA